CUAACAAAAAUUAAAACAUUUUCAGUUAAGCCCAGCACCCCUCUGGGUAACAGCCAAGCCCAAUUUAAGAGCCAACUGGCAAAAAACGCCUCUCAACUGAAUCGCAGUUUUCCAACAGCCGAAAAUUCGCGCAAAAAGAGCAGCCAAUUGCGGCAAACUAAAUUGGCUGUGUGUCGUAAGGAUAAUAAACUGAAGUACGAAGGUUUCGUUGAGCAAGCUGCGGAGAUUCGGCCCAAAAAAGAAUUUGUCUACGUUCCAACACCGAAUAACCUGGAAAAAUCCAGUUGCAAGGUCUCAGUAAAAAAGGAAGCGCCAGGGUUACCAAGCUCCCCGAUGUUAAAACCCGGCCGAAACUUAAUUAGUUUAAUCGGCCGCGUGGAUUUCUGUCUUAAAACCCACAAAAUGUAUCCGGAUAUUAACGCUAUUUGGAAUGUUUAUGGACAAUUGCUACGGAUCAUUGUGGGAAAACGUGGAGAGCACACACUGCUCGUGCGAAACAAAGAUUCGGGGCCUGUCCUUCAGGGAAUUUACUACGAUUUCGAAGGCGAUAUGAGUACUUGGAGCCCAGGAUGCUUUGUCCAUCUCGUGGGCCAAUUUAUUGGCGAAAAUCGCUUAAAGACAUUUAAGAUAUCCCAGGUAAGCGACAUUGACUGGCAACAGCAAUUUAUGCGCAUUGAAAAUGUGACAACGUAUAUUCUAAUGCAAAACACUGUGCACAAGUAAUUUAUUUUUUAAGGAUAUGGAUAUAUAUAAUAUACAGUUUUCUUGAGAUUUUUAGGCCAGACGAUAGUGUACUUUUCAUUAGGUACAUAUAUGCUAGCCUAAGCUUUUCGAUCGUGGCCUCUAAUCAACAGUGAAAUGUUUCAUUUUGUACUUUUGUAGUUUAUAAAUCAUGAAUAAUUUAUGCAUUUUGUAAGUAACUUAUAAUUGAUAUACCUAGGAACUAAGUUAGCUUCAAAAUGCCCCCUGACGUUUCUCUCCAGGAGCAUUGCACAGUUACAAGGACUACAAUAAAUACAAAUUCCAAAGUAGGCGUAUAAACUCUAA